UGUGUGUUCUGUGUGUGUGUGUGUUUUGAUAGUGGUGGGAAUUGAGAGGUGCCCAUCACAGUAGUUGUUCUGAAAAACAAAAUAUAUUGUGCUUUUAAUUUAAGUUUAUGGCAUGAAUUGUUUGUAAAUUCAAGAUGGGUUUUUAUUUCUAUUCUUGUUAUGUUGCUUUUUCGGGGUUAUACGAAAAAAAAACCGUUUUUUUUUUGGGGGUUGGUUGGUUAAGGAUUGGAUUCUAAGCAAAGUUUGAUUUGUUCACAUAUCUAUCUCCACAUUCAAGAAAAUCGAACGGGGUUUGAUGUAUAGAGAUGGAGGGGGAUUUUAAAUUUUGAAAUUCUGGUAGCUGAAAUCGAGGUUUUAUUAGCGUACAUUUAGAUUGUUUCUUUGGCGGUUAGAUGGAUCGAAGGAGUUGGCUAUGGCGGCGAAAAUCGUCGGAAAAAAGUCCGAGCGGUGAAACGGAGAGCUCAGGGUCAUUAUCGUCACAUUCAGAAAGAUUUUCCGAUGACCAGACUCCGUCGAAUCACAAUAUUCAUUCCCCUGAAGUUACAUCUAAAGGUACACGAGGUGACGAACUUGACAGUAGUGUGAGGACUCUCUCAGAGAAACUAUCUGCUAAUUCCCCUGAAAUUACAUCGAAAGCAACACAAGGCGAUGAAUUUGAUGAUAGUGUGAGGGCUCUCUCGGAGAAACUAUCUAAAGCUCUUCUUAAUAUCCGCGCAAAGGAAGACUUGGUUAAGCAACAUGCUAAAGUUGCAGAGGAAGCUGUCUCCGGAUGGGAAAAGGCUGAGAAUGAAGUGUUAGUAGUGAAGCAACAAAACGAUUCCUUAAUUCGUAAAAAUUCGCUUCUCGAGGAACGUGUUAUCCAUCUUGACGGGGCCCUCAAGGAGUGUUUGAGGCAGCUUCGGCAAGCAAGAGAUUAUCAAGAAGAAAAUAUUUACGAAGCCGUUGCCAAAAAAAGCCUCGAAUGGGAAUCGAAGAGAUCCGAACUCGAAGCUAAAAUCGAAGCUGCAGAGAGAGAGAACUCGAUUCUUCAUCUCAAACUUCUCUCCAAAUCCGAAGAAUUAAAACUAAGUACCAAUGAGAGAGAUUUGAGCACUCAUAGUGCUGAAACGGCUAGCAAACAGAAUCUCGACAGCAUAAGAAAAGUGUCCAAGCUUGAAUCGGAAUGUCGAAGGCUAAAAGCAGAGGCUUGUAGAGGGUCGGUUACUGCUUCGUCGGUUUACGUGGAAUCUUUCGCCGACAGCCAAUCGGAUAACGACAGCUGUAAAAUGAGUGGAGUUCUUGGAAGAAGUAGUCUUAUUGUACCUUCGGUUGAGAUUGAUUUGAUGGACGAUUUUCUUGAAAUGGAGAGGCUUGCUUCGCUACCCGAUAUAAAUGGAGGAAGCAAUAACGGUACGAGGGUCGAUUUUGGCCGAGAUGAAAUGGAAGCUAUGAUUAGUUUGACGAACAAACUGGAGGAAAAUUUAGGGAAGGUAACUGCAGAGAAAGUUGGUUUGGAGAUUGCUCUUAGCGAGUGCCGAGUUCGACUGAAGGCAUCAAGAGAUCAAAUAAAGAAAACGGAGGUGGAUUUGGCUGAGCUGAAAACGGAGGUGGCUUUGGCUAAUGAAGCGAAGAGAGACGUACAGAAAGAAUUCGAGCGUACAAAAGUGAAGCUCGAGAAUUCGAAUAAGCUUUUGGAUAAUGCAAAGGCGAAUCUUGGUCAAUUUCAAGAUCGGUUGACCAAAUCAAAUGAAGCGAAAAUUAGAGUUGAGGUACAACUUGAGGAAGUUGAGGUACAACUUGAAGCAAAGGAACUCGAGUUAGAAGCCUUGCGCUCGAGCAAUUGUACCUUAGAGAAAGAAAUUGAGGAAGAAAGAAAAUUUUCUAGGGAAAUUGUUGGUAAGUGUGACGUAUUGGAAGAGGAAAUAUCAAGAAUGAAAUCUUCGACACAAGAAAUUGAACUCGAUUUAGAAAACUUGCGCUCGAGAAAUUGCAACUUAGAGAGAGAAAUCGAGGAAGAAAGAAUUUUUUCGAGGGAAAUUGUGGCCAAGUGUGACGUAUUGGAAGACGAAAUAUCAAGAAUGAAAUCUUCGACACGAGCAAUUGAACUCGAUUUAGAAACCUCGCGCUCGAGAAAUUGCACCUUAGAGAAAGAAAUCGAGGAAGAAAGAAAAUUUUCGAGGGAAAUUGUUGCCAAGUGUGAAAUAUUGGAAGACGACAUAUCAAGAAUGGAAUCCGAUUCUCGGUUUCGGAGAUCAUCAACAAUGGUUGAAGAGUUCAGAAUCAAUCAGGAUAAAGAAUUGGCAGUGGCUGCUAGUAAAUUCGCAGAGUGUCAAAAGACGAUCGCAUCUCUUGGCCGUCAGCUUAAAUCUCUUGCUACAUUCGAAGAUUUGCUGAUCGAAUCCGAAAAACCGGUAGCAGUUAUUUAAACAUAUUUAUAUACUUGUUCGUUUUUUUUACAGUGGUGUAUAAGCAAAGGCAGCAAUUUAUAUUUGUCGAUAGAAAAAUCUUGUAAUCAAUUUAUUUUGGACAGACGAAUUCUUUAAUUAUAUUAUUAUUUUUUUUCGUCUUA